GCCUGGCUCCUGUCCUCGGGAGUGUGCGCGGGUUUUCCCCGGGAAGGGCAAAAGCAGCUGCGAGACUGCGGGAGGGCAGAGGGCUGUUCGCGUAGAGCUGCAGGGGACCGCAGAGAGCUCUGGAGCUGCGUUCCAACCAAUGCGGCUGGGUACAGGAGUGAAAGCUCUUUCCUGAAUGGCACUCAGAGACAGAGGAUGUAAGGAACCUCCCUUGUGCCCCAAAACCUCUUCUGAGGAGAGGCUUGACCUGAGGACGGUUUCAUCCCACAAGAAUCAGCUAAGGGAGAUCUGCACAGGCUUCUUCCUAAGGGGAAUCAUGUCUGAGAUUGACUAUGAGAAGUUAGCCGAAAUAGAACUGCAGAAAGAUGAAGCAGAAGAUACACAGUCAGGACAAGAUAAAACAUUUACGCCUCCACCACAUGAGGAUCCUCAGCUAGAUAUCAAUCAUCCCUACUAUGAUGUUGCAAGACAUGGCAUCAUUCAGUUAGCAGUUAACGAGUGGAAUCAGGUUUGGAUGCUUUCUGGAUUUACAUUCAAGAGAGAAAAAGGUGAUGACAAUUCUGGAAGAAAGGUGAUUACCUUCAGUUGCUGCCGUAUGCCCCCCUCCCACCAGCUCAAUCACACCAGAUUGCUGGAGUACUUAAAAUAUACUCUGGAACAGUACGUAGAAAAUGAUUAUACAGUUGUCUACUUUCACUACGGCCUGAAGAGUCUGAAUAAACCAUCACUGAAAUGGUUACAAACAGCCUACAAAGAAUUUGACAGGAAGUAUAAGAAAAACCUCAAAGCACUCUAUGUUGUACAUCCAACCAACUUCAUAAAAAUUCUGUGGAAUAUUUUUAAACCUCUUAUAAGCCAUAAGUUUGGGAAAAAAGUCACCUACUUGAACUAUUUAAGUGACCUGAGAGAACAUCUCAAAUAUGACCAGCUUAAUAUUCCUCAAGAAGUCAUCCGACAUGAUGAAAAUCUUCGGGGGAAACACAAGGGAAAACUGCCACCUGUGGUCAAGGUUCCUCCACCAAGACCACCUCUACCUACCCAGCAAUUUGGAGUCAGCCUGCAAUAUAUCAAGGACAAAAAUAGCGGUGAACUAAUUCCCCCAGUAAUGAAGGAAACCGUGUCCUACCUAAAAAGAAAUGGACUACAAGUAGAGGGCCUCUUCAGAAGGUCAGCCAGCAUCCAGACUAUCAAAGAUGUUCAGAAGCUCUACAACCAGGGCAAGCCUGUAAAUUUUGAUGACUAUCAUGAUAUCCAUGUUCCUGCUGUUAUCCUAAAGACCUUCCUUAGGGAACUUCCUCAGCCAUUGCUAACCUUUGAGUGUUAUGAUCCUAUUGUUGGAAUUACCAGUGUGGAGAGCUGUUUACGAGUAACCAGAUGUAAACAAAUCAUUCAAGGACUUCCUGAACACAAUUACAUUGUUCUGAAAUAUCUGAUAUGCUUUCUCCAUAUGUCUCAGCCUCCCAGCUGAAUGAAAUGACUACUUCUACUCCAAGGGCACUACAGCAAGACAGUGCAACUUCUACAGACGUAAAAGACUUGCAUUUCAAAAAUACGUCCAUGUUUCUUAACCUUAAACUGGCAGUUAUUUUGCCAGUAAUGAGCCCAGGAUGCUGUGAAAGGUCCGUGCUGUCUCCACUUUGCAGUGCAUGUAGCUGCUAGAGAGGGAUCUGAAGCUCCAACGUGGACUGAGGUCUGCAGGCAAAAUCAGACAGCUAGGAGUGAGGGGCAGAACAGCUCAUAUAUUCCCCAUUCUUUACUGUAUCUUUCUGUCCCUUUAUUCAUGCCUGAUGAAGAAUAAUGAUGGCUGACUUGCCUCAAGCAGCUAUUGCAAAACUCUGCCAAAUUCAAAAUGUCAAUAUGGAGCAAAUAGAAAAAAAUAAACAAGAUUUUGUGGCGUGUGAGCUACAUUUCAGAGCUGAAAAUGAAGCACCAUAGUUAAAGCCAAGUACAAGCUGAGGGGGAAAAAAAAAAAGCUCUGAAUUGCUUUGAAUUAGUGUUUUAUCGCAAUCACUUGUCCAAUUUAAAAGUGUAAUUAGCACCAGUAAAGCUUGGAUAUGGCUGGGGGAUGGGUCACGUUGGGAAAGAUUAGAUGACUGAGCGUGAUGAAGCAGACACGAGCAGCUGGCAUCUCUACGAGGCAAGCAGAGAGCGGGGAUAGAAACUUGCAUUUCCAGUAAGUUUUGGGGGAUAUUUAAUAUCUAGCAGUUUUCUUCUGAAAAUGUUUUUUGGGGUUCUGUUGAUGAUUGUGAGUACAAAGUUCAAAGGUGAUGAUUUCCUUACAAUUUUAAAAUGUAUAGCAAUUGGAUGUUUCGACCUUCUAUCAUUUCACUGUUUAAUUUCAUUAUGUAAAAUAGUGGCAGACUAGUGUUACUCCUGCAGUGUUCAUGAGGGUGCUGGAAUGGAUGUAUGUGGAAUUGAAAUACUGAUGCAAUUUUGCUGCAGGAAGCUGACUCUUGCAUGAUGGACAUGUAUUUUUAUAUUCGUUGAUGUCGCACUAAAUCUUCAGUGUUUACUUCCAAUUAUUAGCAUAGGAAUUUGCAGAUUUUAUCUGAAGACUAGGAAAAAGAUUUCUAGAUGACUUAUUUUCAGUAUAAUCUGUUGCUACUUAUUGAUUUUUCUAUACAUGUCCUAGUUAAAGAGAACAACGAGCUGGAAAUGUGUAGGUCUUUCUUGUCACACUUUUCUGUGAUGUUCAGAUGUCUUCAAAGACAAAAUGUAGGUCCUUAGAGAAUUGUCUUUUAUUAGUUUCUGAAAUUGAUAGAGCAAGCGUGUUCUUACUUGAAAUGGUGACAGUAGUUUUGUGAUGGAAUCAAAGAAAGAGUCUAGGGGGUUAGUCCAAAUGUUAAAUAUGUCAUUUGUACUUCUCAGAGCACAUCUCUGGGCUAUGAGCUACUUAGAAGACACCAAAAAGUGCUGAUCUUGGAUGGUCUUGUGUGGGAAGAAAAUACUAAUUGCUCAUGAUAGUGCUGUCAGUGAAGUAGAUUUGAUUGUGAUGUUUGAGAAAGAAAUCUGGCAUUGGAGUACUGGAGGAGUUGAAGUAGCUUGAAGCCAGAUUCCCUCAGGGAGGGAUAAAGCCAUUACCAUUGUUAUGAACGGGUGAUGAGAAACUGGAAAGCAACUCUGCUGAAAGGAAUCUGGGGAUUCUGAUUGUCAGUGAGUUGAACAUGAGUCAACAGCAUGCCCUGGCAGCCAAAAAGGCCAACUAUAUCCUGUGGUGCAUCAGGCACAGCACUACUAGCUGGUCAGGCUCUGCUCUCCUCUGCACUGUGUGCAGUUUUGGGCGCAACAAUACAAGAAGGGCUUCAAACUAUUACAGGGUGUCCAAAGGAGGCCUACAAAGCUGGUGAAGGGUUUAGUGGACAGGAUGUAUGAGGAAUGGCUGAGGCCCCUUGGUUUCUUCAGCCUUGAGAAGAGGAGGCUGAGGGGGGGCCUCAUGGUGGCCUACAGCUUUCUCAGGAGAGGGGGAGUGCAGGGGCAGGCGCUGAUAUUUUGGAAUCAUUAAAUCAUGGAAUUGCUUAGGUUGGAAGGGACCUUAGAGAUCUUCAAGUUCCAGCCACCAUCAUGGACAGGACCCCAUCCAACCUGACCUUGAAUGCCACUGUGGAUGGGGCAUCUAUAACUUCUCUGGGCAACCUGUUGCAAUGCCUCAACAGUCUCUGAGUAAAGAAUUUCUUCCUAGCAUGUAAUCUAAUUUUCCCCUCUUUUAGUUUAAAGCCAUUCCUGCUCAUCCUGUAAUUAUUGAACCAUGUGAAAAUUUGGUCUCUCUCCUGCUUAUAAGCUCCCUUCAAAUAUUUGAGGAUUGCAGUGAAAACUCCCUGGAGCCUUCUCCAAGCUGAACAAACCCAGCUCCCUCAAUCUUUCUUCAUAGGAGAGAUGCUCCAGACCUUCUCUCUGUUGACAGUGACAGGACUUGAGGGAAAGGCAUGGAGAUGCAACAGGAGAUGGUCAGUUUGGAAAUUAAGAAGAAGUUUACCAGGGAAUGAUUGUUGAUGGGACAGGCUCCUCAGGGCAGUGGUCAUGGCCUCAGUCUGCCAGAGUUCAAGAAGCAUUUGGAUUGUGUUCUCAGUAUAUGGUUUGAAUUUUGAGUGGUCCUACUCGCAGCUAGGAGCUGGAAUUGAUUAUCCUUGUGAAUCCUUUCCAACUCAGGAUUUCUAUCUUUCUUUGAAAGGGCUUCCUUGCUUGCAGUUCUCGUUGAGCCAGCAAGAUUAUUGUGGAGAGAGAGUAGGUUUCAGUUGCAGGCUUUUUCUCUAAUCUGCUGAGGAAAGGAUUGCUCUGCAAUUUGUAAUAAAACAACAUGCUAUGUCUUCCUUGAAUUGCUGAGUGUCAGGCUAAUUGAUGACUCACAGAAAAGACAGUGUAGCUCUGCCUCAGAUAUAAUCACUGUUUCAUUUUAUGUUAUGUAUUUUCACUCUCAGGGGAGAGGCUGUGUCAUGGGUAUUUUUCUUGAUUGUUUCAACAUUGUCUGCCUCCUUGAAAUGUUCAUGAAGUUAUAUCGGACUGAAAGAGGUGGUUUCAUCUUGGGAUUAGAAAUAUUCUAUGUGACAGCUGACUGAGAAUUAACAAAAAAAAAAACACCACAAAACUAGUUCUGUCAGCAAGUUGCAGUGCUGUUGCUUUGGACUGAAGAACUGGCAUUUGAAGGAAACAGCAAAUUUGAGCUGAAUGUGUUUCAGCUAGCACUCCAAGACAGUGCCUGCACACAGCCAGCAGGAUAGUGUGCCAGGAACACCCCUAUAAACCAGGAAAAACACAACUGCAACAGGUGUAGCUCCUUCCACCUUUUUCUGUCCUCCAGUACUAUACAAAUAGCUUUUGUGCUAUCAAAGGUACUUAUCUUAUCUAUACCUAAAGUACCUCCCUGGGAUAUGCAGCAAAUGUGUUUGUUUUCAUGCUAUAAAAAACACCAAUGUGAGGGGCUGCAGCAGAGCUCUCAUGUUAUUUUUGAGACUUCCUGGUGAAAGAACUGCCAAAAAUAAUUCGUUCUAAGUCAUAGAGACUGCUUGGCACAACAUUACCCUCUAUGGAUGUAGUCAGGAUGGGUCACUUGACCUUAGAGCCAAAGCAUCAGUGCUUAACCUUAUCACAUUUAGCUUUAUUCAAAGACCAUUUUCAUCAGGAUUACACUUAUGUCUGUGUCUGCUUGUUAACAGAAUGAUUAUCAUCAUCCUAAUUAUUUUUCCUUAUCAGUUACUUUGGUAGCAGUUUAGUGUUUGCUACACUGCUGUAGUACAAUGAACUCUUCUUUAAGCUGAUCUCAUCUGAAGCAUAUUAAAGGAAUGAAAAUAGCUUGCUGGUUUGCUUUUUUUUUUCUAUAUAGUUAAAUAGUGUGUUGAGAGCAUUAUGUGAAGGUCAGCAAGCUCUAUGCAGUUCAUACUCAAGAGAGAAUGAUGUGGGUUUUGCAUAAGGUCAUGGAGCAGGCAUCGCUGUUUAAUCUGAUGACCCUUAUUCUCACGUUGUGAACUCAAUCCUCUGAAAAGGUGAUUAUGGCAACAGUAUGCCCUUAUUAAAACUCCCUUCCUUUAUCCAGCCCUGCUUCAUGACCUUGGAAUCAAUUGAAUCCUUUAAUAUUUGUAGUACUGUUGUAUCUCUAAUGGCCUAGGUGGUUAAGGCAAAGAUUGGAAGGAAAAAUAAUACCUCUCACUGCAACAAAGAAAUGUGGUUAGGAAGAAAAUGCUAACCUUUUGGCACAUAUGUGUUUCUUCAUGUCUCCUAAGGAAAAAAAAAACAUCCUGCAUGCAUGUCUGAAGGAUUUUAUAUCCCUUCAUGGCUGACCAAGUAGGCUUCUUGCUAGGUAGAACACCGAGGAGCCAGAGACAGAGGGAAAAGAAACCUGUGUUACUGAGUAGAGGGAAGUUUAUGUAUCUGCUCACAUGAUUGUAGCAUUCCUUAGAUUUUUUUUUCUCUUGUACCAUCAGAGUUUCCAUAAUACUACUAAGCCGUCUUUUCAGGAGACCCUAUGGAAAAGCCAGAAAUGGAGAGAUGCUGAGAAGCGCAGGUUUUUGGUUUCCUGUUCCACUUGAAAUAGUAGUACACAGGAAUAUUUAACUGAUGCUUCCCCAUUCUAUUCCAGGUUGACAACUUCAGAGCAACCUGUAUAUCACAGUUUAGAAAAACUGUAUAUUACAGUUACAGACCAUAUUCUUAUUGCCGAUGAAAAACUGCAGCUAUCAGUCUGGGAAGGAGUGGCUGAACUAAUAAUGUCAUAGAAUCAUGGAGUAACUUAGACUUUAGAGGAGAGGACCCUAAAGAUCAUCUAGUUGCAACUCUCCUGCUAUGGGCGACUUUGCCAGCCACUAGAUCAGGCUGCCAGGACCCGUCCAAUCUGUCCUUGAAUGCCUUCAGAGA